GAACAAGACUCUUAUUGUGUGACAGAUGAGACUCUAUUGUGUGACAGAUGGAGUAUUAAUUUUAUAACAAAAUGUGACUGGAAUAAGUUGGUGGAAUGUGAGAUCUACUUAUCAUUUAUAGUAAAAGUGAAAUAAGACUCUUAUUAUGAGACGGAUCGAAACGAUAAAAACAGGACUUGUGGGACGGAGGGAGUAUCCAAAUCCAGAUAACCUAUCACGUUUAUAUACCGGGUUAUUAUUUUGGCAAAUUUUAUUCGUGCGGCGGUAGUGAAGUGAAAUCCUAUUAGGCCGCCAAAGGAGUCCUUAAUCUACACGCCUACGCCUAACUAGUUCUUUGUUUGUAACUUUGGUGGCUUAUUACUUCUUUUCAUGCUUACACAUUUCUUUUGACCACGAAAUAUAUGAAAAUUAUAUUUAGAAAAUUAAAUGGAAAAAAAUAAAAUUGAAGAACGAAAAGCAAAGAAAAGAAAAUAAGAUUGUGUUAUUAAAAAAAAACUCACGUUUUAGAAGAAAAAAAAUUACUAUAAAUUGAUCCUAUAGAAUGGUUUAAUGCACCCGGAUUUAGUCAAAAUAAAAAAUCAAACUAAAAUUUAACUCUAAAAUCAGUCAAUAAAGGACAAACGCAAGUGGAGAAAAGGAAAAAACUAACCAGAAAAUUUUCUGUUGGCUUUACCAACUCUCAGAAAUUCAAUUGAGUCCGAUGCAUGCGGCCAUGGCGGUUACGUCUCCCUCUGCUUACAACUGUAGGCUCCACCAUACCCUAGAGGCCUCCUGCUCUUCUUCCGCCUCCGCCCCCGCCCUCUCCCUCUCCCGAUGCACUCUUUCACCUAAGGUCUCGAGCUUCUUCGGCGCUCGGAUUUCGGUUUCCGGUAGACUCGAUCAGGCGCUGCCAUCCUCAUCACAUCAGCUGCGGCGUAGCUCGCGCUCAAAUCCUCGGCCAGGAAUAAAGGCUGUUGCCACUCCUGAUUCAGCUGUGGAAUUGCCGCUCACAGCAGAAAAUAUCGAGAGCGUGUUGGAUGAGAUCCGACCCUAUCUUAUUGCGGAUGGGGGCAAUGUUGCAUUGCAUGAAAUUGAUGGAAAUGUCGUCAAACUAAAAUUACAAGGAGCAUGUGGAUCAUGUCCUAGUUCCGUAGUGACAAUGAAAAUGGGCAUUGAGUGUCGUCUUAUGGAAAAGAUCCCUGAAGUUAUUGCAGUGGAAUCAAUACCAGAUGAAGAAACAGGGCUAGAGCUGAACGAAGAGAACAUAGAGAAGGUGCUUGAAGAAAUAAGACCUUACCUCAUUGGAGCUGCUGGUGGGGAUUUGGAACUAGUAGAAAUUGAGGAGCCAAUAGUUAAAGUGCGAAUAUCGGGUCCUGCAGCUGGUGUAAUGACUGUUCGAGUUGCUGUGACCCAGAAACUUCGAGAAAAGAUUCCAUCCAUUGCAGCCGUUCAGCUUCUGUCAUAGAUGCAAUGAGUGAUAUUUAAUUAUGCAAAACGAUUCUAGGGUAGAUUACGAAGCUGCAGGAGGUGCGUGUGUUGACAUGUACAUUGUAGCAUUAAGAAACAUGUGCUCGAUUAUAUUAUGUGCGGCAAUCUUAUCACUUGUUCCUCUAACGCAGAGUAUGUUAUAAAUAAAAUAGAAUUCUUCCUCCA